AUGGUUUCUUGGUGCAUUCGUAGUGAAAUGGAUGAAAUCGACGUUGAUCAAAGUUAUGUUGGACAUCUGAUAAUGUUUUCAAUAAGAAUGCACCAUGGAGGUGAGUUUACAAGCUUUCCUGGAAGGAAGUAUAUUCGUGGGAAGCAAACAUUUGUUAAUUUACUGGACACUGAUACCUUUUUCGUUCAUGACAUUGAUGAGAUGAUGGAAUACCUAGGGUGUGCUUCAGUAGAGCAUGAAGAAACUACUUUUCACACCUAUUUAAUGUCCCCAACCCACAGUAAAGUUCGUAUAACAGAGAUUACUGAACCUCCAUCUUGUUCAAAGAGACUGUUCCUGGAGUGGCAUGGCGCACCUGCUGUUGACUUGGAGGAUGGCAUGGAUCACAUGGAGAAAGAAUUGGGUAAUGAUCCUACACGCACUGGUCAUAUGGAGAAGGAUUUGGGUAAUGAUGCUACUCUCACUGAUCAUAUGGAUAAUGAUUUGGAGAGUGAGAAUGAUGAAAGUGAUGAUAGUGAUUUUUUUGUGGACAUUGACAAUAUAUUGGAUGAUAUUAAUGUGGAUAUGCAAGACUUUGAAAUGAAUAUCGACAAAGAUGUGGAAUGGGUUGGAGGGUCGUCUAACACUGUGGUUGAUGAAGGCACACAUGAUGAAGCUUUAGAGGAGAUUAACACUGACUUUUUAGCAUCUGAUUCAUCAUCAAAUGAGGGGAUUAAUGGUCAAAUAAAGAAGUCAAUAAGAGCAAUUCAAAGGGCACAUGAGAAUGAUGAAGCACUUAUUAGUGAACCCUUCUAUAUUUUUCAAUAA